AGCGCAGGUACUGAUCCGUGGGUUCUGUGUCAUACUUGUCAGCAGUCAUUCUGGCACGAUGGCAAAUAGUGUAACACGAGCUUACUGUCAUUGACUAUCUUUUGUUGAGCCACUAGGUCUUCAUCACCAUCCAAAAUUCCUCUGAGGGAAUCGGCAACUUUGGCGACGGCAGCUUCACAGGCGCUGUUGAGCUUUGCUAGGUCGUCGGCAUGUUGCACCAGGGCGUCGAGUGUGCCAAUCUUGAACGACGGGACAGGGUAGGGCAGCACCUCGCCAUUGUCACGACCGACGGUGGCGGCCAAGGACUUGAGCGGAUCGUCAUCGAAGACGCGGAGGGGCAGGGAAACGAGUAUGUAUUGCGCCGGAGCCAUGGCGGGCUACAGCAUGCCGGUAUGCUUGGGGUAGGCCUAGAGUUCGUUGCAAGGCGGUACAGGCGUGUCGAGAAGCCGAGGUGUUGCUCUCGGGAUUCUGGACUCUGGGGGAUUUCCCUUCAAGGGGAAGGGUGGUUGCCUGUGCGAUAGAGACGACCGGUUGCGAGGACAAGGGGGCGGUUGAGUAGGGCUGGUUGUUUAACCGAUACAGGAGGCAGAAAAGUAGAGAGGCUUGAGAGGUUAAUAUUGAAGGCGUUCUGCGGGAUGCCGUGGGGUGCGGUGGGAGGUCUCGAUGAGGGUGAUGUUGGUAUCAAUUGAUGAUGUUGGAACACACCAAGCACCUGGGUGGGGAGCUCACCCAGCAGCUUAGCUGGGCCCCUGGCGGUCGCAUUUGAUUUGGCAGCUAUGGGCCCGGUACGUACCCCAGUCGGGGGUCGGGACGAUAUGUGUAAGAUGUGCCGGAGGCCCAAUGUAUCAGUUGGAGCCUUCCGUUCUGCCCCAAUCCGUCGAACUUGGAUUUCUUCUCCUAUGAGGCUAGACCUGUUUAUGUCUUGUUAUUGGGCCAGUAGGCCAAGUGUUAGCAUCGGGAGAUUCAUCACGACGCUGGGGAAAUGAACAGCAGCUGUUACGCAUACAGCAGCCACACUGGGCGCAGUUGUAGGUAGCGUGGGUGAGGCUUGUUGGCGCAUGAUUGGCGGCGAGCUACCAAUCAAGGCGCGGGCUUUCGUCCUUGUUCAUGUGCCUGCAUUUUCGUAUUAGGUGAGGUGCGUUUCCGCUGUUCAACCUCAACUCCAACCGACCGACGGACCUUUGCCAUUCAGCUGCUCCGCAGAGAAACUACACCAAGUUAUCAGCCUCGACCCAAGUAUCCCCAGUCUCUCCAGGGCCGUUGACAUCGUCAUGUUUGUGUCUGGCAUCACACAUUCGUGGACCGCUUUUCAGGGCCCAGCCAUCGCUCUGUGAUCGCUCCAUUGCCCCUCAACUUUCGAUUCCAAGCAACAUUGGCCUGGCGUGUACAGUUGUAUCACCAACCGCCUCAGGUCAUUGGGCUUACCGAGUACAGCUACCUCGACUUUGACAAUCUUUAUACUUCACCCAGCCAGAGCUGUGGAACGGCAGCAACAACGUUCUUGCGUUGCUCUCACUCUCGUGCUGGUCAACGCGCAUAGUCGGGCCUGUUGACCUUGGCUGCCAACCUGGCGCUCCCUGCUCCCUGGCAUCUUGUGGAGUCGCUGAACUCUUCUCCAUCGAUUCGGCGCGCCUCUGUUAUCGCUUUCUCACCAGCGCCUCCGUCAAAACAUAUUCAACCCAGAUUCACUUCGAAAAUGCAGUUUGGGCGCCGAGGUUGUGACUUGACGCCCCAUUAGAUCAAUCAUAUCACUGGAGCCGCUUCAGCAUAUAUGCCACCGCUGAGUUUUGCAUCGUGCGACGCUCUUCAUAGCCACACCUUCCAAUGGCUCCCCCUUCAGGCGCAACACUCUCUUCACGCACGGCUACCACAUCCAAAGUCACUCCCGUUCCCCUGCCUAAACCAGGUUACAUGUCGAGUCGUGCGCCAAUGGAAAAAUCAGCGCCAGCAGUUCCAACAACGCCUACAACUACAGCCAGUUUCGGUGUUUUAGCGACAAGCGAUUCCAAUGUCCCCGACGCGUCAAGUGGCCCCCACCGAGACGGCCGCAUUCGAAAUCCCGUCCCCAGCAAGUUGAAGGGCAAGACAGAUGGCUCCAAGGGAAAUUUCAGCGUGAUGCAUAUAGAUGUGGCGGGCAGGACGGAGGCCACGGAACGUGACGCUGAGGCAAAAAGAACCAGCGAGAGCACAGAGCUUGCUGCGAAGCGGGCUUAUGAGAAUGGCUAUGUGUCGUUACGAAGGAGCCGGUUUAUACACAUCCCCGACGAACCAGAACCGGCGGCUAAGCCUAUCGUUCCGCCGCAAGCACCAGUAAAUGCAGCCGCGCAUCGGACGCGCCAGACCCCGCUGACCCCCGAAGAAACCAAGGCAGAACAGGCCCGGUUGUUGACGUUACUGCGGAGCCUUCACCCUGUCCUUGUGGUUGACCAAAUCUGCAAAGCCCUAGCUUUUUUCGGGGGCAUACCAGGGGGACCACCCCCUGGGGAUGGAUUCCCGCAGAGCGCAGAGUCGAAUGGAUCUGGUAGCCUCUUUGUAGGAUGGAUAGCUGAAAUAUUCCCCAGGUUAGGGGGCAACACUGCAGGACAACAGCUUGUCAUUCCUGCUAUGCGCGAGUCUGACCCUCCUCCCCUUGUUUCAACAAGACGAAAGCGUGGACGGCCCAAGGGCAGCAAGGGCACCAGGCCUCGGAUCGAUAAAGGAAUCAAAAAGGGGCCCCUUAUGAAGGCUGUCUCGGGCACUGCCGAAAGCCAGCAACACACAAAUGCGGCCGAUGAAAGCUGGGUUGAUGUCGAGGAUGAUGCUGUGGACGAGGUGGAUGCGAAUGUAAUGCUUCUUGCACAUAGCUCAACGCCACAACCAGUGCCACAGUUACAGCAGUCUGGUUUGGCCCAUGAGCGGCCUUUGCUCGCGGCCAGUACUCCAGUACGAACAACUUUACCCACCGCCCCGACCACAAGCACCAGUACAAUUGAUCUCACACCUAGCGCAAGGAAAAGGGGUCGGCCCAAGGGCUCCAAAAACCGGCCCAAGGAUGGAUCAUCAGACACACCUGCAAGGGCGCAGACUGGCGACCCUUUGUAUUCUCAGCGGCCAGAUGCGGUAGGUACGGCAGCACGGGCAUCAUCGCCACGUCCACAGGCCUCGCAGCCAGCCCAAGCCUCUUCAACUCCUCGAGUGUUCGAACAUUCUACAUCAAGCCAACCAUUCACCCCGGUGAAUGCCGGAACCCCAUCGACGGCCACCAAAAAGGUGGGUAGAUCAAAGGCUCUAGAAGAUAAGCAACGCCCAACAAAUCAGCGUUCUCAUAUCCCUCCGGGUAUCACCACAGAUCAUGGAGCGAGGGCGGCGACACUGUCGGCCUCAGGGGCCGCAUCAGGGGUUGCGACGAGAGUAGAACCAGAAACAGCGCCAGGAGGGGCGUUAUCCGGGGCGGCAAUGGACACAGUGACAGGCACCACGCAGAAGAAUCUGGCGCAGACAGGAAAUGCAUCAACGUCAGGCCCCAGGACAGAAUCAACAAACAAAGAGCCCGCGACAUUAUCACAAGGCCUAGAUAAUACACUUGGAAGUUUCGCGACAACAGAUUUUGUGUAUUCGGCCCCCCCAGACGGCCUGUCCAGCACCUCUUCCCAUCGCUCUCGACCAAGACCUUCUCAGACAUCCAGGCAAACGGAAAACCCCCAGGGCCAAAUUCUGGCUCUCCCAACUCCUCCCUCUGCUAGCCCCGCGCUCCCUAACACCGCACCCGGUAGUUUGGGGCAAAAACGCAAGAGGACUGCCAAAACAGGCGGUAGCAACCACGCUGUGCAGUCUGGUGUAUCCAACCAAGCAUCACCCCAAAUGAAUGGCCCAGCAUUGCCAACACCACCAGCAAACGUUGGCUCCGCGCAUUCUACAGCCGCCUCGGCACUCCAGCCUCCUGUGGCCAAAAGGUCAAGGAGGGGCAAAGGCCCUAAGGAAACCACCGCGGUAGCUAACCAGGAUCCAGCAGCUGCAAAUAUCGAAGUGUCAACCACUGGUGCCAUGGUCGGUUUGCGCUCGGAUUCGGGACCACAUUCGGCCCUCUCUUCUAGUGCAGCCGCGGCUUUGAGCCUGACCACAAUGACGGAGUCUCGUGAUAUGGCCUCGGACACGAAUGAGACAUCUGUACCACCGGUACAUUCGCCUCAUCAAAACCACUACGAGGUCCAAUCACCCACCAUGGAGAACUAUGAGGCUCAAUUGCAAGCCCAAAUAGAGCAGCAAGCGGAGAUGGAGUCUCAAACGGUUUCCCAUCAAACCCGUGUCGACCCUCCUCAGUACAGGUCAGCCCGGCAACCACGACAGCAGCAGCAGCAGCAGCAGCAGCAGUCAACGUCAGCAUCAACGCCGCAACGUAGGUCACCAAACACCCAGCCGCAAGUAUCAAAUCCACAAGCGGGACUAUCCUUAGCCACACAAUCACAAACGCGAACGACCGGUCAAGGCCAAUAUCCGCAGUAUCUUCCACCGAAUCCUCAAUAUAAUCAGUCGCAGCAUUCCAAACAAAGCCAGUCAUCCUCUCAAUCUCUGUCUUCAUCACAACACCAACAACACCACAAGCAACAACAACAACAACCACAACAACAACAACAACAACAACAACAACAACAACAACAACAACAACAACAACAACAACAACAACAACAACAACAACAACAACAACAACAACAACAACAAUCAUCCCAUUUUUUGGGACAGCAGAAGCUCCAAGGCCAAAUUGUACAGGGCUCGCCAGCCCAGCAAUAUUCUGUGAAUUCGACUCAGCAGCAGCAGCAUCCCUCGAAUCAAUCAUCAUACACAAACAAGCAGCAGCAGCAGCAGCAGCUUUCAUCUCAGCAAAGAUACCAGCAGCAACAUCUAGCAACAACUGCAGGAAGCACGAAUUCGUACAACAAUACCCACCCGCCCUCGCAAUUUGCCGGUUCGGCGACAAACAAUUAUACAGCCACGACCGACGGCACGUACCGGGCAUCGUCAACCUCGCUGGGUACCUCUACUUAUGGGCAACGCAGCCAGUCCACAACACCCUCGACUGCCGCAUCGUUUCGCAGCAGUGGCACACAUGGAUUGCCACACCACUCUCCGUCGUUCAACACUGGCUCCGGCGCAGCCCAACAGCAAGCCGGCAGCGCCAGUCACGCUACCAACCAGGGCGUGCAAGGCAUGUCUGGUUCAAUGCAGGCAUUUUCGGGAAAUACGGGUGGUAGCUGGGAGUUAUUUGACACAGGCCAUAUCGAUGUAUCCGGGCAGCCAUCAAGUCUGGGGCUAACGAGCACCUAUGGCAUCAACACGACCAAUGCCCGCACCUCGGGAAACAGUUCCACGUUUGGUGCGGCAGGCCUAGGUACUUAUGACACAUCAGGACUCCCCUAUAAUGAACGCUAUCACGGAGUAGGUCGUCGUUGA